AUGGCAGACUGGAAGAACCAGAUAAACUACAACCAUAACCCUCAUUUUCAUGCCUGCGUGCACGGCAUGAUGUACCCGGCUGUGUCCGAGCUGAACGGCAACCUGACCAGCUGGGGCGAAGGCACAUACAGCGACCUGAGCAACUACAACGCCGGGAUACCACCGGCCUGCUACUCCGCCGGCAACACCGUCAAUACCAAGGCCGAGUCUGCGCCUCCCACCCCGGAGCAGAAUGCCCUUAACGGUCACUGCCACUACCAGGGCUCCGGGGUUGUGCAUUUCGGGGAGUCCCAGACCGGCGGCCUGCUGCUGGCCGGAUCCCAGCCGGCAGCGUACGAAGCCGGGAAGAACGAGGUGGAACGGCCCGGGAGCGACACGGGAACUUCACCAGAGUCCUGGAGCUCCAGCAGCAGCAGCAAGGAGGGGAGCUUCCCCCUGGCAGACCCUGCUACAUGGGUCAAGAAAGACCUUCUUGAAGAGGUCAGCAGAAAGAGUCCCGAUGCCAACAGGACCAUCUCCUGCUCCCUGACAGAGGAGUCAAAAGUGUUGGCCACAACUGAAGGUGAGGCCACCAACAACGACACCUCUGCACCACCUUUAACUGACCCAAAGAAGCAAGGCGCAGCCGGCGUAAACAAUCCUAAAGGAAAGGUCCGGACAGCCUUCUCAGAGAGGCAGAUGAGCACACUUGUCCAGCAUUUCACUAUGCAGAAGUACCUCACCCCGUCUGAGAUGAAGAGCCUGGCCGAGCUGACAGGUCUGACCUACAAACAGGUGAAGACUUGGUUUCAGAACCGAAGGAUGAAGCUGAGGAGACACCAGAAGGACACCAACUGGGCGUCAGAGCGCUGUUCUGUCAAGGAAAACAUUUACUCCAACAUGCCCUCUCAUAUGCCACCAUAUCAGGGAGAGGCACGCCCUCCGCUCAGGGAGCAUUUCAACCAGCACAUGAUGGAGGCAACCUUCAAUAAGACGACUCCACAGAACCUGCCCUUCCUUAUGGCUGCUGUGGGCUCUGCUGCUGGAUCUCCCUGGUAUCCCUCCUGGUCCUCUACAUCACCGCAGGCCGCAGUGCCCAACACGUCCCAGGUGACCGGCUGGUCCAUGACACCAGGUGUCAGUCAUUAUGUUUACAAUCCCGGCGCGUUCAACCUGGGCGGUGUCAACGUUGUGAACAACGUUGGGCACAACCCAAGCUUUGAAAGCAAAGAUGGAGAGCCUAUUGGCCAGAGCACCAUGAAUGCUGCUGCCAUGGUACACAACGGCGGCCUGUAG